AUGCCGAAGGAACGCAACUUCAAUCCUGUGCAAGCCCAGCGGAAAGCUGAAAAAGCCAAAGCAAUCAAGAAAGGCAAGGCUGAAGUCCAAUCCCGUCGCAAUGAGAAGCUUGCUCGUCGAAAUCCCGAACGAAUCCAGAAGCAGAUAGACGACCUCAAGGCCAUAACAACGGGGGGUGGCAAGCUUUCUCGUCACGAAGAACAAGUCCUCGAAGGUCUCGAGAAGGAGCUGCGUGCAGUGAAAAAGGCCCGCGAAGCACUAGGCGACAAGGCCCCUUCAUUUGGUCAUGGAGGUUUCAACCGAGGUGGUGAUUUCUCAAGAGGAGUCCUUGGAAAGCGGAGAAGGGACGACAACGAACUAACAAGCGACGAGGACGUCCCUAGUGAUGUCAAAAGUAUUCCCAUGCCGCGAGAUACCCCGCCGCCGAUUCCAAAGGAAAUGAUGGAUAAAUGGUACGCCAAGAGACGAGCUCGCUGGCAAGCUCAGCAGGCCGAAACCCAGAAAUCGGACGAGAAGGAGGAAAAGCCUGCAGCGCCAGAGCCGAAGACUGUGUAUGAGGCCAAACCUAUAGUUCGAAACCUGGCGAAGGAGGCAGUAUCUGCAUUUGUGCCUACCGCAGUCAAAAUAAAGAUGGAUAAAGGCAAGGGCAAGGGUGGUUUGAUGGAACCUGAGGAAGCAGACAAGCUCGAACAAGAGGGUUACUUGAAGGCACUGGCCUUGACAGACGAAGCCGAAACCGCUGGACCCAAGAGGGUUAUGGUUGAAGAUGCCGACGAUGACGAUAUUUGA